GGCGUGUGCCGGUACGAUGGAAAAGUUUUUCCUGCCUCUUCUGAUGCUUGGCACCAUGGCGAAAGCUCAGCACUGCCCCGGCCGAUGCAUCUGCCAGAACAUCUCCCCGACGCUGACCAUGCUGUGUGCCAAGACGGGCCUCCUCUUUGUCCCGCCCACCAUCGACCGGCGGACGGUGGAGCUGCGCCUGACGGACAACUUCAUCACCGUCAUCCGCCGCAAGGACUUCUCCAACAUGACCAGCCUGGUGCACCUCACUCUCUCGCGCAACACCAUCAGCCAGAUCCUGCCCUACGCCUUCUCCGACCUGCGUGCCUUAAGGGCCUUGCACAUGAACAGCAACCGCCUGGCCGCCCUGAAGAACGAGCACUUCCGCGGGCUGGGCAACCUGCGCCACCUCAUCCUGGGCAACAACCAGAUCAGCCACAUUGAGCCUUCUGCCUUUGACGAGUUCCUCUCCACCGUGGAGGACCUGGACCUCUCCUACAACAACCUGGAGACGCUGCCCUGGGAGGCCAUUGGGCAGAUGGUGACCCUCAACACCUUGACGUUGGACCACAACCUCAUCGAGCACAUCGCCGAGGGAACCUUCUCCCAGCUGCAGAAGCUGGUCCGAUUGGACAUGACCUCCAACCGGCUGCAGAAGCUGCCCCCGGACAACCUCUUCUUGAGAGCCCAAGUGUUGUCCAACGUGCGUGGGACUCACCCGUCCACCUUGACCAUCAGCUUUGGAGGCAACCCUCUGCAUUGCAACUGCGAGCUCCUCUGGCUCCGUAGGCUGACCCGAGAGGACGACCUGGAGACGUGUGCUUCGCCGGAACACUUGAUGGACAAGUAUUUCUGGUCCAUCCCCGAGGAGGAGUUCAUCUGCGAGCCCCCGCUCAUCACCCGCCAAUACUCCUCCAAGGCGUUCAUCAUGGAAGGCCAAGGCGUCAGCCUCAAGUGCAAGGCGGUGGGCGACCCUGAGCCGUCCAUUCACUGGAUUGCCCCCGACGGCAAGCUGAUCCACAACACCACCCGCAUGACGGUCUUCGAGAACGGGACCCUGGAAGUUCUCAUCACCACCUUGAAGGACAACGGGGUCUUCACCUGCAUCGCCUCCAACGCUGCCGGCGAGGCCACAGCUCCCGUCGAGAUCUGCAUUGUCCCACUCCCCUUGCUGGUCAACAACACAGGCCACAUGAAGGAGCCCGACCCCGGCUCAUCGGACAUCACCACCUCUGCCAAAUCGGGCGCCAACGACACCAAGAACCACCUGGACAAGAGGAUCGUGGCGGCUGACCUGACAUCCACCUCGGUGGUAAUCCACUGGCCGUCUGAGCGGCACAUCCCUGGAAUCCGUAUGUACCAGAUCCAGUACAACAGCUCCCUGGAUGACUCUCUGGUUUACAGGAUGAUCCCCUCGUCCAGCAAGACCUUCCUGGUGAACGACUUGGCGGCCGGCCGGGACUACGACCUGUGCGUCCUGGCCGUCUACGACGACGGGGUGACGUCCCUGACGGCCACUCGGGUGGUGGGCUGCGUGCAAUUCAGCACCCCUCAGGAUGCCCCCCAGUGCCACUCGCUGCACACCCAGUUCCUGGGGGGCACCAUGAUCAUCAUCAUCGGGGGCAUCAUCGUGGCCUCCGUCCUGGUCUUCAUCAUCAUCCUCAUGAUCCGGUACAAAGUCUACAGCGGGCAGGAGGAGCACAAGAAAGCCAAAGUCAGCAACGUCUACUCGCAGACCAACGGGAGCCAGCCCCACGCCCAUGCCCCCGCCCUUCCCCGCUCGGCCUCCAAGGACAAAUACGAGACUCUCCAAGAAGUGGCCUCCAAGGAGCCUCCUCCGAGGGGGGACUCUGCUUCAGGAGAUGCCCCCAGCAGCCGCCAGGAUGUGGCCUUGACUGAGCUGGACAGCCGAGGUGGCUCCAAGAUGGCCACAAGCCUCCAGACGGUGGCCAUCUUGUCUUCUGACGAGGCGGAGGGCACCCUGAGGGGCUCGACGGUUUCCUUGUGCCUGGUCAAGGACGCCGGGUCGGGGCCGCCGUUGCGGGCCAAGACGGGCAGCGGUUUGGGGGGGUUCCCCCCGCGCGAGUUGUCCAGGACUCACCAUCACCGCCACUCCUUCGACGGGGACUACUCGCUGUUCCAGAGCCACAGCUACCCUCGGCGGGCACGGACAAAGCGGCACAUGUCCACCUCCCAGUUGAACUCAGAGGAGGACCCCCUGAGCCACAGGAGGGUCACCUUUAGCAGCACAGAAUGGAUGCUCGAAAGCACAGUCUGA